CAAUUCAUUUAUCUGCAGGAAUGAUUGCGACUAUCAGUCUAGAGCUCACCGCCUGACUGAGGAGGUGAAAGUUGCGCCACAGGAAGAUAAACCGCAAAAGACAAUAUUGCAUGUAUACAUGAUUUUGCGUGUGCAUCGGAUGAGCCGUAUAGGGGAAUUCCUCGCGUCUUAGAAAGUAAACAGAAAAUCGGUGGAUUUGAGAGUUUGCUCAGUCGAGUGAGGUCCAAGAGAUAGAGAGAGGGGGAGGAAGAAUAUCUGUGCGUGAUUUUUUGAUUUCUGCUCUCAGUCGUUUCGGCGAGUCUAGACUGAAGAUGCUCUUGGACGCAGGACCGCAGUAUCCCACCAUAGGAGUCACUACUUUCGGCUCCUCGCGGCAUCACUCAACAGGCGAAGUCACAGAGAGAGAAGUGGCGUUGGGGAUAAAUCCGUUCGCAGAUGGGAUGGGCGCCUUCAAAAUAAACCACAGCUCCCACGAUAUUGGCUCCGGACAAACGGCGUUUUCCUCCCAGGCGCCCGGGUAUGCAGCAGCCGCACUGGGACACCAUCACCACCCGACCCACGUUGGCUCUUACUCCACGGCGGCUUUCAACUCCACCAGGGACUUUCUCUUCAGAAAUCGGGGUUUCGGGGAUGCCACCGGGGCGCAGCACAGUUUGUUCGCCUCCGGAAGUUUCGCAGGGCCACAUGGACACUCAGAUGCAGCGGGGCACCUGCUCUUCCCAGGGCUCCACGAGCAAGCGGCGAGCCAUGCGUCUUCCAACGUGGUCAACAGUCAGAUGCGACUGGGCUUCUCGGGGGACAUGUACGGACGGGCCGACCAGUACGGCCAUGUUACAAGCCCGAGGUCCGACCACUAUGCUUCGACCCAGCUGCACGGCUAUGGCCCCAUGAACAUGAAUAUGGCCGCACACCACGGGGCAGGGGCCUUCUUUCGAUACAUGAGGCAGCCGAUCAAACAAGAGCUCAUCUGCAAGUGGAUCGAGCCGGAGCAGCUGACAAAUCCCAAAAAGUCGUGCAACAAAACUUUUAGCACGAUGCACGAGCUUGUGACCCAUCUGACGGUGGAGCAUGUGGGGGGACCAGAGCAGACCAACCACAUCUGCUUCUGGGAGGAAUGCGCCAGAGAAGGAAAGCCAUUCAAAGCCAAAUACAAACUUGUAAAUCAUAUCAGAGUACACACCGGAGAAAAGCCCUUUCCGUGUCCGUUCCCCGGCUGUGGCAAAGUAUUUGCUCGAUCGGAAAAUCUAAAAAUUCACAAAAGGACUCACACCGGUGAGAAGCCUUUUAAGUGUGAGUUUGAAGGCUGCGACAGGCGAUUUGCAAACAGCAGUGACCGCAAGAAACACAUGCACGUCCACACGUCGGACAAGCCCUAUCUCUGCAAAAUGUGCGACAAGUCAUACACACACCCCAGCUCCCUCCGAAAACACAUGAAGAAGGUCCACGAAUCCACCAAUCCAGCGCCGCAGCCAUCUCCAGCGGCCAGUUCAGGGUACGAGUCGUCCACACCUCCCACUAUAGUAUCACCGUCCACAGAGAACCAGAGCAGCAGCUCCAUAUCACCAGCAGCCUCAGCAGUACACCACACAACCAGCCACAGCACGCUGUCGUCAAAUUUCAAUGAAUGGUACGUGUAAAUAUUUUUGCAAAAAAAAAAAAAGAAAGAGGAAAAAAGACUGCAGAGUUAAAAAAAAACAAAACUGCUUGGAAUCAAAGA